AUGAGUUUUCUUUUUGGAACUAGAAAAACACCUGAAGAGCAGCUAAGAGAUAGCAAACGAACUAUUGCAAGAACACUUAGAGAGAUAGAUAGAGAAAAAAGUCAGUUGGAGAGGGAACGCGUUCGAAUAACAAAUGAAAUUCGCUCGUUGGCAAAGCGUGGUCAGAUUGAUGCCGUCAGGGUAAUGGCAAAGCAGUUAGUUCGAACAGAGAGUUACAUCAAGAAGUUUAACUUUAUGCACUCAAAUAUUACAGCGUUAUCAAUGAAAAUUCAGACUUUAAAAUCAACCGCCACUAUGGCUUCAGCUAUGAAACAGGUUGCGCUAACAAUGAGAAAAAUGAAUUCAACUAUGCAGUUACCUCAGUUCCAGAAGAUCAUGAUGGAGUUCGAAAAACAAACCGAAACGAUGGAAAUGAAACAAGAUAUGAUGUCGGAUGUAAUAGAUGAUGCUAUUGGAGAUCAGGAUGAUAUUGAAGACUCCGAAACUGUUGUCAAUAAGGUUUUAGAAGAACUUGGCAUCGAUCUUAAUGCACAGUUGAGUAAUCUCCCAACAGCUAAGGAUACUAUUGGAAGUACAGUUCCAAGUGCAGUCCGACCUCAUGCAGUCGCUACUGAUCCUACCCCAAUAACGGGACCUGGGCCUAAUUCUGAUUCUGUUGACCCUAUUGAUGAAAAUAAUUUGGAAGCUCGUUUAGAACGUCUCAAAAGAAAGUAA